CCGGUAUACAUUGCGGGAAAAUUUGUGCUGUAUAUGUGGAUGUACGUUCACUACGUUCAUCGAGGGAACAAACUUAAUUCCAAACCUUGUCUCCACGUGUAGUUUUCAUAUUUAAAACUCAACCAAAUGAGAACAUUAGCGGAGGUGCAGGCUACCCUGCAAAUUGCUAAACUAAAGGAGGUGGAUUUGCAGAGCACAGUUCAUUGUCUGUCUUUCGGGGACAGCAUCUCGUCAACUGACUACUGUCUAAUGGAAUUGGAUGAAACUCUUUGUAAACACAUAGAGUCUGGAAAAAGCUUGGUGAUCCGGGGUGACAAAGACGAGCGAGCUGUACUGUGCAGUGAGGACCAGACUUACGACCUGAAGAUCGCCGACACGUCCAAUCUCCUGCUUUUCGUCCCUGGAUGCAAGACUCCAGAGCAGCUAGCUGCCUGUGCAGACUCGGAGAUCUCUCAACUGGUCCAUGCACAUAUAUGGGGUUUAUCCAACAGUUACUGGGAGCUGCGGAAGCAACGUCCUAGGCUCAAGAAGCUGAAGAAACUGCUGAUGGAGAACCCCUAUGAAGGUCCAACGCCAGCCUACGAGGAAGACACGCAUACCAUGCAGAAGUACACAAUGAUGGACUUACUGGAGAGGAUCCAGGCCAGUGAAGAGGAGAUUAAGGCCCAACUAAAGACAAUCCACGCCUGUGAAAUAGAUGGCUACUGGAGGAUGUUGGAUUUUGACUAUGAGAUGAAGUUGUUGGGACAUGUGACCCAGCUGGUGGAUUCUGAGUCAUGGUCAUUCAGCAAGGUAUCCCUCAGGGUCAGUCUGGAGGAACUGGCACCCCUUGAACCCAGGGAGAUGAUCGAGCAUUGCUUGAACUGUUAUGGGAGACGCUAUACAGAACACGGCGAGAUAUUCUAUGCCUUGGAUGAGGACAGCGUGUGCCGGACCACAGCUCUUAUGCUGCUGCAGAACGCUGUCAAGUUCAACCUGGCUGAGUUCCUGGAGGUGUGGCAGCAGAGCGUGCCUGAGGGCAUGGGCACCCGGCUGGACCAACUCAGGAGUUUGGCCUUGGUGGAUCGUAGCUCAAGACCAGAAACGAUCUCUCUGCUCAAAGUGGAGGACCUACCAGAAGACACCUUGGAGCGCUUCAACCGCCUCUUCACCAUGAGGGAAAAGUGGACAGAGGAGGACAUCACUCCCUACAUACAGGAUUUGUGUGGGGAAAAGCAGACAACUGGAGCUCUCUUGACUAAGUAUGCCCGCUCAUCCAUGCAGAAAGGGAUCAAGGUCUACAAUUCAAGAAGGCCAGUAGCAUCCUGAGGACCCCCAAGAAAAAUAAUGUUAUUAAAUAAUUUUUUGUAUUUCUGAAUAUUUUGUAUUGUUAAUAAAACAUUGCUUAUUGCCA